UUAUUUAAAAGAAGAAGAAUAAUAAAAAUAAAAUUUUCAACGGCCGACCGGUGCUGACGUUCCAAAGACGCUUUUCUCCUCAUUUCUCUCAUCUCCUUUCAUCAGAUCUCACUCUUUCUUUUCCCUGACCCGGGAUUGUUAAUUUUCUCCUUUAUUUUUGAUUGAUUCGAUAAGUUUCUUCUAUUACCAUGGCUGCUCCACCUGCAAGAGCUCGAGCCGAUUACGACUACCUCAUAAAGCUCCUUUUGAUCGGCGACAGCGGUGUGGGUAAGAGUUGCCUCCUUUUGCGUUUUUCAGAUGGCUCAUUUACUACAAGUUUUAUCACAACCAUCGGGAUUGACUUUAAGAUCAGGACUAUAGAGCUUGAUGGCAAACGGAUCAAACUCCAAAUUUGGGAUACUGCUGGGCAAGAGCGGUUUCGUACAAUUACAACUGCUUACUACCGUGGAGCUAUGGGUAUUUUGCUUGUUUAUGAUGUGACUGAUGAGUCAUCUUUCAAUAACAUUAGAAAUUGGAUUCGUAAUAUUGAACAACAUGCAUCUGAUAAUGUCAACAAGGUUCUGGUGGGUAAUAAGGCUGACAUGGAUGAAAGCAAAAGGGCUGUCCCUACUUCGAAGGGCCAAGCUCUCGCUGAUGAAUAUGGCAUCAAGUUCUUUGAGACUAGUGCAAAAACAAACUUAAAUGUGGAGGAGGUUUUCUUUUCAAUAGCCAGGGACAUUAAGCAAAGACUUGCAGAUAGUGACUCCAAGGCUGAGCCAAACACAAUCAAAAUUAACCAACAAGAUCAGGCAGCAGGGGAUGCAGCAAAUGCUCCAAAAUCAGGUUGCUGCGGUUGAGCUACGAUCGAUGAUGAGCUCUGAAGGAUCCCUGAUAUCCUGCGAAAUUAAUUAUUUUUGCAAGUUGCCUCUACCAUUUUGACAUUUGGAGUUGAAGCUAAGAACCGCUCGGUGCCAUCCAUUAAUUGGAGCAUAAUUAGAGAUGACAAUAGGACAGAUUUGGAACAAAGUCAUUUUGGAGUUUUUCGAGUUUGGUGUGUGGGCUAGGAUUUGGGGCCAGCUCGGUAUUUUCUUCGUAAUUUUCAAACUUUAUAAAAGAUGUAAGCAUUCUAACAUGUUCUUGUUAGAGUUCAAUUGAGUUUAAAUCACUUUUUUUUUUAUCAAAUUUCAGUUCAUGGGUUGAGACUUGA